GGCCACUCUUUCGCUCUCUCGCUCUUCCCCCCUUUCCUCCCCCCUUCUAUCGCGCGCUUCUACCUUAUGCAGCCUUCUCUUUUCUACCCUCUUUUUGGCCAACGACUCGACCUUCUUUUGCCCCCGACCACACACGACCACGCUCUCUAGCUUUUCGUCAAUCCACCCCGUUGUGAUAUAGGAAAUAGACCCCACGAAGCAUACUUAAUGACCUCUAAUAACCGCACUUUUGCGCCUGUCUCUGUCUCUGUCUCUGUCUUCUCUACGCUCGUUGUUCCCUGGUUGCGUACACUCCACUCCACUCCACUUGAAUCUGCCACCACAACGGCAACCGCUCCUUCUGCGCCGGAACCCUCUUUUCCUAUAGCACACCCAAUCCGGCGCGACGAUGGAAGGGAAUCGCCCGUUCUCUGACGAGGAAAAGGUAUGUCAUCAUCCCAGGCCCGUAGACCUUUCCUAUAUCAAAUGCAGGUCAUCCAGAGCUGCAGAGCGCAUCACUAUCACUCGCGGCGCAUGCCUGACCUGAUCUGUACCACUGCCAUCCUCGUCACUCGCGUCUAAUACUAACUUCCAUUCUCACAGCGCAACGUUCUGGCCGAAGCAUUGAAGCAAAGCCCAAUUCCAAAUGACAGGCUGCUCGCCAUUCUCAACGAGCUUCCACUACAACGUAGCAUCGUGGCCGAUGCUCUCAAGGCUAGCACCAUCCCAAUAGAACGGCUAUUAACCAUCCUCAACGAGAAUGGUAUCAAUGCUAAUGGACCACUUACGCCAAACUGGUUCCAUAUGGUUCUCCCUGAAGGUACGUUGAUCAUGAAUUCUCCGACAUCUUGAACCUGGGACAUUUCCAAGCCUUGCCCAUGAAUCUCCCGUCCAUACACCAACGUCAAAUUCGUUCAUAUCUCCGCAAGAACAGUAGCAUUAAUGACAUGUCAUCUAGGACGGAGUCUGCAAUCAUGUGUCGACGCGUUUCACUCCAUACAAUCCAGUCAGCGGUCUUCAUACCAUUCCUUGCCCCCACCGAGUAUUUCCCACACUGGGAAGCGCAAAUCUGGACCCGACUCUGUUGAUCAUUUCAUGACCGACCCCGCUCCAAAGAGACGCCAAUCUGGACCAGAUACUAUAAUGUCAACCACCCGGGAUAUACUUCCGAAACCGACAUCCGCAAAUGGUUCCCCUCAUCAUGCAUUCUCACCAGGACCAGGACCAGGACCAGCUUCUGCUGUACCAAAGAAACGAGGUCGACCGUCCAAAGCGGAUGUGGAAUUGAGGCAACAGGAAGCGAUUGCAAGAGGAGACAUUUUACAAACGUCUGCUGCGCCUGGGACGAGGACCUUGACACCGAAGCCCCCAUUCAAACCAACUAUGAGGGACGAGCCAAGAGGCCUUACAGUACUGGCGCCACUGACCGGCGCUGGCCCAUCGAUUGAUCAAAGCAUGGGGGGACAAUUUCAAACGGAGCGUAGUAUGCUUGAUUCAGCUGGCAAGAAAAAACGACCGCGAGCGCCUAUCAAACCAAAAGUGAGCAAGAUUAACGAAAUAUUGGAUAAUGAGGCAACCCAGACACAAGCAGCAGCAAGCCGCGCUGGGCAGAGUACAUUUCCUUCAAUGAUUUCUCAUACAGCACAAGGGCAUAUGCAGGAACCACAAUACUCUCCCAAAUUUUUACCUCCUGGGGAAUUGCUGUCGGGUCCACCACAAGAAAGUCAAGGAGCUGCUCCUCAAUCCGAUCAAGUUGCGCCAAUACCACAGAUUGUUCAGGCUGCCCAGGAAGAGGCACGACCCGAGGUUGCGACCCCUACCAAACCACCAACUGAGGCUAAGACCUGAUGGGAACCAUUGGAAGGGUUAGAUUAUAUUGUUCUGGACUUGUACAGUUUUAACGACGACCAAUUCGAAAUGCGACUACGAGAUCUUGAUUUUCUCUGGAUACGCAUACAAAAGGGGAUUUCCUUCGCACGACUAUUUUACCAGACACAUUGUAGACUUUACGCCAAUUACGAUCGCACUCACGGUUGUGAUGUACGUGUCUCAGCAUCAUGCCUUCAACGAUAUCUUUAAUGUUCUAAUAUUCAGCUUUCUUAUACCAACUUUCGCAUCGAUGUCUUUAAUGAUUACGGCCAUGAUACCACUAACAUUGGCCCUCGAAUACCCGGGCUCCAUUUUCAUACGAACGUUUCGGAUAACAGUCAAUUCAUUUUACCACCUGCGAACCUACGCCCAGUUUUCUUUUAUGGAUCAGCAAUUUAUGGGACCGAGAACUCUUUUACGAUUCUGCUAACGAUUAUCAUUGACCUUGAUGAGGCAACACUGGUGGCUAGCGUUUGUAUUUUUAUAUCGAACUAUAUAUUUCUCUUUUUCUUAUAUACUUUUAUGACCCGUGUGUUUUAUUCAUGUCAUGACGGGAAGGGGAUUCUGUAUGGAGUAGCUUCUAUUCGUCUGUAUUUCGAACUGGGGAUUUUUUGAAAAUGGGAACCCUUUUUCUGGAAAGGUUUUGGGGAUGGAGGUGUUUGAAGAUUACUUGGGUUUUGAUGG